AUGUUUGACGCGGUCUGGUCCUGGAACGCCACGGCCAGCGACGAGCCCCCCCGCGUGGAGCUGGGCGCCUGGGAGGCUGGCAUCGAAGCGAACCGUGACAACUUCUGCACGCGGACCUCGGCUGUCUUCACCACGGUCGCGGCGGGGCCGCAUUCGUUCCUGCUGACGGGCGACGAUCUCGCUCAGCUGGAGGCCACCUGGGCGCCAGAUGACCCGGCUGGCUCGGACCCUAACGCGACGCUGGUGACACAGCGCCUCGUCAACAUCACCUCGCACACCGCCGGCCUGGACGACUGGGGUUCCCUCCAGCCGCCGUCGCCGACCGGCGGUGGCGGCAGCCGGCAGCGCGCACCGGCGGUGGAGCUCGCGGCGGGCCAGCGGGUGGGCGUCAUCUCGCCCAGCGCAACAGCGCGAUGGAACUCUGUCAGGGAGCGGCAGCGUGUCACCGUCAGCCAAACACCCAAGGGUGCUGCCUUCUCCGUCGACGCCCUAGCACCAGCUGGCAGCACUUUGGACUUCAUCACCGACGUCAACUUCACAGGAGCCAUGGGGCAGCCGCUGCUGGGAGUCGGAUUGGAGAUCAAUGGCGCCCUCAUGCUGCCAGCACCGCUGCCGCUCAACUCUACCGCGGCCCAGCUGUCUGCAUCCCUGGCGGCAGCGCUGGGGCUGACGGUUGCAGAUGCCGGCGUGGAGGUUGAGGGGGCGGCGGAGGAUGGAGGCUGGCUGAAGUGGCGGCUGGCGGCCAGCCGGUCUAAGGUCUCGGGCAUCAACAUCACGAGCCUUAGCUUUGCAGCCCUCGCCGCCACCGCUGGACAAGCCCCCCCGCCAAACAACACCUGUAUCUUCUCUGCUGUCGAUUACGCCGUGGCGGGCGAGAACAGCACAGUCAGCGAGCCCUCCUGCCCAGCUAUGUACGUGGCCAUUCCAGGCGCCCCUCAGCGGGUGUACCCUGACCCUCCAGCUUCCGCGCCGCCGCCCCCCGCGCCAGACACGUCCGCGGUGAAUGCGAGCUUCGCGGAAGAUGUGCAGGGCGUUGACGGCUACGACGCGCUGGGCGAGGGCCGCAGCUGGGCGCUGUGGCUGAACGGCCCGCCCGACAACAGCAGCAAUGGCGCUCCGGCGCUGCUGAACUACACCUCGCUCCCAUGCAAUGCAACGGUGGCGAUGGUCACCGCAGCCGUCAGCGCGUAUGGGGCGUCGGUGUCGUCUGCCAGUGACUUGCUCAUCGCCCCGAUCCCCGCUGAGUGGCUGCAGGUACCCGCCAUUGACCCGUGGGCGGUGCAGCUGGAGGCCAACGGGAUCGGCACUGCGUGCGACGAUGACGCACGCGCGGGCUGCACCUUCCUGUACGCCAUGGACUCAACCCCAAGCAUCACCUCUGUCGUGCCAACGGAGUUCAACGCCACACAAAUAGACCAAGAGCUGACUAUAGACGGGAGUGGUUUCUCCACAAACGCUACAGACAACCGCGUCACGAUUGGCGCCCACGCCUGCGGCAACGUCACAGUUGAGCCCUCCAGCGGCAACGACACGUCACUCCUGCGACUCCGCUGCACGCUGGAUGCCUCCAAAGUGGCGGCCGGGCGGCGGGCGCUGCUGGUAGAGGUCGACGGCAAGGGGGCCGCCGCCUCGGCCGUCGCGUUGGCCUCCGUAACUAACAAUUCAGCGUCCAGCGGCAACCCUUCAAACGCAUCCGAGAUUGAUUGGCAGGACGGGAUUCACCUCCAGUUCUCUACCCUUGCGUUUUCAACUCUGGACCUUCCUAACAGCACAUGGAACGCCUCAGCGUCCGAUAACAAUCUGCGGGCGUUGGACGCCUCUGGCUACACGCUUUUCAGGAUCAGGGGUGGCGGUUUCGACCAGACUGACUGCGGGGCCAACAAUGUCAGCAUAGGCGGCGUCCCGGUCGGUGUCGUGGACUGCGCUGGUGACGAGCUCCUGGUGAUAUACCCCCGCGACACGUCAGGAGGGCCGGCAAGAAACGCCUCUGUGGACAUCCAGGUGAUGGCACCCGGCGGCUCGUCUGAGGCGCUGCCAGCCAACGCCAGUGCUGAGGAGCGGUCGGUUGCGGUGUGCACGGCCGGCCCAGCGAUUGACCAACUGCUCGUGCCCUCGCCGCCCACGCUACCCCUGGCAGGCGGAACCCUGCGCUUCACUGUGCGCGGCCUGAAUGCAUCAGCAGACGCUGCGGCCUGGGAGGUCUCCCUCCUACCCGCAUUUCCUGUCGGCAACAUCACCGGCGACCUGAAAGCUGCACGCAUCGCGCUGGCUGCGUCCGUGGCGUGUGGCAACCCAGUGCCUGGCAGCGCCAACGGCGGAGAUUUUGUGGAGUGCACCAUUGUGCCAGGCCAGCUGGCGGCGGGCGACUAUCUGUUGGCGCUGACAGCAGGCAACGCGACAUUUGUGCUGCCCAGCCCGGGAAUAGCGGUCCGGCCCAGCAGCGGGAGCGCACAGCAGCUGCAAGUCCUUGGGGUGACGCCAAGCUGCGGCAACAUUGCGGGUGGCACGUGGCUAAACAUCACAGGCAACAACUCCGCAGGGCAGCUGACCGUUUUGGGAGCCAGGCUGGCUGCCAUUGCCAGCAUCUCUUUGGACGGCGGCGUCAGCGGUGGAGCUUGGCUCUGCAACGUGACCGGCUCUGAUUACGGCUACGUCAACUGCUCGCUGCCUGCCGGCCUGCCGGCCGGCGUCUACACUGUCAGGGCAGCGCAGGCCGACGGCGCCCCGGCAGUCACCCUGGGUGCAGUGGGAGCUGACAUUGUGUACACUGCCGCGCCACGAGUGGGGGCGCUGCUCGGCAACGUCGGCAGCAUCGUGGGCGGUGCUGAGCUCAUCAUCCGUGCGCCGCCCGGCGCUGAUGGAGGCUUCAACACCACGCAUGCCGCCGCUAACGAUGUCUUCGUCGGCGGGCAGCGAUGCGACGUCGUUUCAGGGUCUGUGACGGACGGCGAGCUCGCGUGCAGGGCUACUGGGGUGGCGGGGCUGGUGAGGGCGGAGUACUGGCGGCUGGACAUGCAGACGAGCAUACUGCCAGACCUGAGGAGCUACCGGCCUCCAGACGCGUCGGUCAUCCAAACAGUGGUGGGCCGCUCCUGGAGCGCCCUGCCGCCCCCCGGGCUGUCCCAAUCAGCGUACUGGGCGGCGCGCUUCUCCUUUGCGUUCCUGGCGCAGGCGGCAGCCAACUUUACGUUCCAGUUGAAUGCUGAUGACGCGGCGGCGCUAUACCUGGACGGCCAGAUGGUUGGCAGCACCGAGCUGGGGGCCGGCUACCAUGACGCCGAGGUGCAGUUCUUUCAGGGCACCGGAUGGGCCGGCGCCUCCCUCUCCUGGGACGCCGGGACGCCUGGAGCGGUGAGCAGCCAGAAAUAG